AUGUCGUCGCCAGUAGCAAGACAAAAAGCGAGCUCCCCUGCCGAGAACCAAAACGUGAGGCGCUCCAUAGCCAUAGCUUCCGCGAGAGAGAGAAGGUUUGGAGCCAUGAGGCCGACUCCGAUGGACUUCUUCGGCGACAUGGACGACCAGGGCUCCACCAUGGCCAUGGACGUUGACGAUGUUGACACACUCGAGAGCUUCGCCGACGGUGUCAUCGGCGAGAACAAGCUGGCCGACGCUGACUUCUUCAACUCCUUCGAGGACGAUUUCGACGACACCGACAUCAACUGA